GGCUUCCUCUCAGGGGCCUACAACUCCCAUCAGCCCUCGCGGCAAUCUCAACGGUGACAUCCUCGCAGUCCUUCCUGAACCAGUCGGCGCUGCUUCUUCCUCUGGACAGAGACCUGGGAACAUGCUCUCCUUCACGCUGAGGCGGCUCACACGGCCUCUGUGCCACAGAGCCCCUCUUCUUGCCAGUGUACGUGGGCAGCAGUCUCACGCUGCCACCCAUACCGCGAAUGAAGAUCCACCAUGGACAGGCCAGGAUAGCCUGGCCCAGGACGACCCUGAGAUGUGGAAUCUUCUGCAGAAAGAGAAGGACAGGCAGUGCCGAGGCUUGGAGCUCAUUGCGUCUGAGAAUUUCUGCAGCCGAGCAGCUCUGGAAGCUCAGGGCUCCUGUCUGAACAACAAAUACUCUGAAGGCUACCCAGGGAGAAGAUACUAUGGCGGAGCAGAAGUGGUCGACCAAAUUGAGCUUCUGUGUCAGAAGCGAGCCCUGGAGGCUUUUGACCUGGACCCAGCUAUGUGGGGUGUGAACGUCCAGCCAUACUCAGGCUCACCCGCUAACUUUGCUGUCUACACGGCCGUCCUCAACCCCCACGACCGCAUCAUGGGCCUGGACCUGCCCGACGGAGGACAUCUGACCCAUGGCUACAUGUCUGACGUGAAGAGGAUCUCAGCAACCUCGAUCUAUUUUGAGUCCAUGCCAUACAAGCUAAACAUUGCAACAGGACUCAUAGACUACGAGCAGUUGGAGAUGACGGCCAAGCUGUUCCGACCCAAGCUCAUCAUCGCUGGCACCAGCGCCUAUGCCCGCCUCAUUGACUACUCCCGCAUCAAGAAGCUGUGUACUGACAUCAAGGCCUACAUGCUUGCUGACAUGGCCCACAUCAGCGGUCUGGUAGCAGCCAGAGCCAUCCCCUCUCCCUUUGAAUACGCUGACCUGGUCUCGUCUACCACACACAAAUCCCUCCGUGGAGCCAGGGCUGGCCUCAUCUUCUACCGUAAGGGCGUCCGCUCAGUGGACAAGAAGGGGAAGGAGAUCAUGUAUGACCUCGAGGACAAGGUCAACUUCUCUGUCUUCCCCUCGCUGCAGGGUGGACCUCACAACCACGCUAUCGCUGGUGUGGCUGUGGCACUCAGACAGGCUAAUUCUCCCAUGUUCAAGGAGUAUAUUGACCAGGUGUUGAAGAAUGCUAAGUCAAUGGCCACAGCUCUUCUCAGUAAAGGCUACACCCUGGUAUCAGGCGGGACCGAGAACCACCUGGUCCUCGUGGACCUGCGGCCUAAGGGCAUUGACGGAGCUCGAGCCGAACGGGUGCUGGAGCUCGCCUCCAUCACUGCCAAUAAGAACACCUGCCCUGGGGACAAGAGCGCCCUGACACCUGGUGGCCUCAGGCUAGGUGCUCCAGCUUUGACAUCCAGGCAGUUCAAAGAAGGAGACUUUGUACAAGUGGUGGAGUUCAUGGACGAGGGCUUUAAGAUUGCGUUGGAUGUUAAGAAAAAGACAGGAAAGCUCCAGGACUUCAAGAACUUUCUUCUGCAGGACCCAGAGACUGUGGCUCGCAUCGCUGAUCUACGCCACCGCGUUGAAGCUUUUGCCAGGCCCUUCCCCAUGCCAGGCUUCCACGAUCAUUAGGCCAGUCUGUGCGGACUCAGCAUGCUGAGAGCCAGGUGAUAGAAAGCUGGCUGAGCAGAAAUGUCUGAGACGGGGAAAAUGUCAUGUGGUAGUCAAAUGUGCUUGGUGCCAGUAAAGUGGGAUGAAACGUAAGUUUCCUUGUAAUCAGUCA